AUAUGAAAUCCUAAUAAUUAAUCUUAAUUUAAAAGUAAAGCAUAAAAAUUUACGUAUGGCAUAUGGUUUAUACCAUAUAUUAUAUACCAUUUUCUUCUCCUUCCAUAUUAAUUCUCGUCUGCCCCUCUCUCUCUUUUACCAUACAAAUAAUUAAGUAAAGGAGUUUCCAUUUCUAAUCGCCGGAAAAUGGAUAGCCGGCGAAUAUCCCUCACCUUUAUAUUUUUUCUAUACUUAGUAGUUUCUUCUCAUUCACUGGACUUUGAUAAUUUGAGAAGAAGGCACAAAAGCAAAAUCAAAGGACCGAUCAAAACUCUAGUGAUUUUAGUCAUGGAGAAUCGUUCCUUUGACCAUAUUCUUGGUUGGCUCAAGUCAACCCGACCCGAUAUCGAUGGGCUAACCGGAACCGAAUCCAACCGGAUCAUCGCCUCUGAUCCAACUUCUGAUGAAGUCUUCGUCUCCGAUGAUGCUGUUUUCGUUGACUGGGACCCAGGCCACUCUAUCCAAGCCAUUCGAGAACAGAUAUUCGGGUCGAAUGAUACCUCCGCUAACCCUGCUCCGAUGAACGGGUUCGCACAGCAAGCGGAGAGCAUGAGCGAGAAUAAGUCGAGAAUUGUCAUGAGCGGUUUUAAACCCAGUCGGUUACCGGUUUAUACUGCGUUAGCUAAUGAAUUCGCCGUUUUCGACCGGUGGUUCGCGUCGGUGCCGGCGUCAACCCAACCGAACCGGUUUUAUGUCCAUUCGGCGACUUCUCAUGGAGCGUCAAGCAACGUACGCAAAGAUCUUAUCCAUGGAUUCCCUCAGAAAACAAUCUUUGACUCCUUGGACGAAAAUGGGCAUACAUUUGGGAUUUAUUACCAAAAUAUCCCUGCUACUCUUUUCUUCUCGUCUCUUAGAAAGUUGAAGCAUGUAGUCAAAUUUCACGACUACGCGUUGAAGUUCAAACGCCAUGCUAGGUUAGGGAAGUUGCCGAACUAUGUGGUGGUGGAGCAGCGGUACUUCGAUGUCGAGCUUCUUCCGGCGAAUGAUGACCAUCCGUCGCAUGACGUGUCACUUGGACAGAAGUUCGUGAAGGAAGUGUAUGAGACCUUAAGGGCAAGCCCCCAGUGGAAAGAAAUGGCGCUUUUGAUUACUUAUGAUGAGCAUGGUGGGUUUUAUGAUCAUGUGCCCACUCCUGUCACCGGCGUGCCGAAUCCGGAUGGGAUCAUCGGGCCUGAACCUUUUUUCUUUGCGUUUGACCGUUUGGGUGUCAGAGUUCCCACCAUUUUGGUGUCACCCUGGAUUGAAAAGGGCACUG